AUGUCGGUCUCCUUGUUAAUGCUCCUUCUGAUGCCUCUAAUACGUUACGCUUCUCCUGUAAGAAACGUUUCUCUAAGAUGUUUGGAAGACACCAAUCAAUUUCUUUCUGAUCUGAAUGCAGUGGAACCAAAAGCGUAUGCAAUCAUGAUGUACGAUUCUUUGGGAAAACUUGGUAGCAAUAUCCUUGGUGGAAAUACAGACAGACUGGGAUCCUACACUGAAUGUCUGUCUGCCAAGGUGCCUUCAGGUAAAUUCCAAGGACAAUACUGCAAAUUGCAAGUGCAGCAGGAAGGGUUUGAUUACAGUAUUGGUAUAUGUGUUCCUGACUCCUGCCACGAUGAAGACAUUACAACGUUGGCAAUAUUAGAUAUAUUUAAAUUCAAGACCAUCUCUUUUGUAUCACCUUUCCCAUCUCUCUUCACUUUGAAUUCUACAGUCUCAGUUGUGAGUGUAGCCAGAUGUGCUAAAGGCCUUUUUUCUAUUGAUGCGUUUGCUGCUAUUUGUUUGUUUGUUAGCAUUGUGUUUAUUGUCUUACCAAUCACUGGAACUGUUUAUGCUGCCGCUGUGAGGUGGGAAGUGAAAUUUGAUGAAUCACCAUCAGACAGUUUACCUUCUGCAAAUUACGGGAGCACAUCUUCAAAUGAGAAAGAUAAGAGAGAAUCAAAGGGAGAUAUCAGACGGAAUCAUUAUAAAAUGAAUUCGGUGCUGCCAGUUGUUUCUGAUGAUGUCUGCUACACAAAGAAAACUUUUUUAGGUGCCCUGGACAGCACUCUAAAAUGCUUUUCCCUGCAAAAGAAUCUUCCAACUAUAUGGACAGUGAAAUCCUCUAAAGGUGUCUGCUCUGCACUAAAUGGUAUCCGAGUUUUGAGUCUUGUAUGGAUAAUUUCUGGACACACCAGUCAGAUGGCAGCCUGGCAGAAUUUAGAUAAUGUGUUGGAAUGGAAAGAACGAGUGCUAAAAAAUCCCAUAUAUGUUUAUUCUCGGAGUGGACCUUUUUAUUUAGGUGUUGACACAUUUUUUCUGAUCAGUGGCUGGUUGAGUUCCAGGUCACUUCUAAACAUAGUUCAUCACUCAGAAAAAGGAAUCACCCUGGAAGUCACACUGAAAUAUCUUUGUAAUCGACUAGCCCGACUUCAGCCACUCCAUAUGUAUUCCAUAUGUCUUUUAGUUGGGCUUUACUCUGUUAUUCCCUGGGGAUCGAUAUGGGAGAUCUCCAAAUUUCAUCUGGAUAACUGCAGAAGGGUGUGGUGGUCCAAUCUUUUUCUCCUAAACAACUUCAUUUCUGUAACAGAAUCAUGCAAUGGAUGGACAUGGUAUCUUGCUAAUGAUUUCCAGUUCUAUCUCACAACACCUUUGGUGGUCUUUUUAUACGCUAGAAGCAAAUGUGGGUUGAUUAUCGUAGGAACCACUCUGUUCCUGGCAUCUUUCACUGUUACAGCCUUGCUGUCAUCAUUUUUCAGACUUCCUGUUGCAUCUCCUUCAGAUACCAGGGAAAUGUCCACAGUGAUGUAUUUCACAGAAUACUAUACAAAACCUUACUGUCGAUAUGGCCCAUUUCUAGUUGGUGUCCUUCUGGAGCUUUUCAUGUAUCACCAGCAAGCACAAAUCCUCAGAAACAAGGUGCAGGCUUCUCUGGGGUGGCUUUGUGCAAUGCUUGCCAUGCUAGCGGUAGUCUCUCUGGCGUAUGCCAUAGAAGACUCCGUGAACUCCUAUUCCCCUGCUGCUGUAAUUUAUCAAGCACUUCACCGGACUCUGUGGGCUGCAGCAAUUGGUUGGAUCAUUUUUGCAUGUCAAGAAGGCUAUGGAGGUUUAGCUAACUGGGUGCUUUCAUGGGACAUUUGGACUCUGCUAGCUAAAAUUAGUUAUGCCUGCUAUUUGGUGCAUCCUAUGUUAAUCAUACUUUAUAAUGGACUUCAGGAAACUCUUAUGCACUACUCAGACAUAAACAUGCUCUACCUGUUUUUCGGACACUGUCUGAUGACGUUCAUCACCGGGUUGGCAUUGACCGUGCUGGUUGAGAAGCCAUUUGAAGGAUUAAAGCAGUCUCUUACAUGUCAAUUUCACAGGAAGGCCUUGUUGUAA